GACGAGAGUGUACAUUAGUCUUCCUAAAAAGCACAUGGAGGGAUUGGCUAUAAACUAUGAGCUGGAUCAUGGAUUGGUUAUCAAGCAGCUGAAUCCCUACAUAAAUGAAGGAUACCUACAGGCUUACUUCAGAGAAUUUGGCACCAUCACAGCGUGCAAGAUAAUGAAGAACUACACGUCAGAAGAUAAAAAGGCCAUGGCUUAUGUUAGGUUUUCUUGCAUGGAUGAGGCAGACAAAGCAGACUGGGCUGGACCUCACUACAUAGGAGGCACUGAAGUGGAAGCGAGAAGAGUUGUUAGUCCAAAGAUGGGGGAUGAAUCACAUGAAGAAAUCUCCAAAACCCCUGUUAUUCCUCGGCCAAGACGCUCCAUGGGUCUGGGAUACAUUCUUGAGGAUGCUCAGUGGUUAGAUAAUGAACUGAAUGAUUAAACAAAAAUUUAAGUUUUCCUAUUGAAAUAGCUAAAGUAAAGAGUUCCACAAGACAUGGACAAAAAUAACAAGCUUGAAGCAAAUAUGUAGAGUCUCAGUGAUGUGGUCUUGUGUCUGUUUGCAUCACUUAAAAGAAUAGUUUGUGUAUAGAGGGUAUGAAUA